CUACGGUUGACAGCAACCGAACUACCUACGUAGCGCACGUCGUGCGGGACGCCGUGGUGUAGAGCAGAAUGAUGUCAAAAAAAGAUGGAAAAUAAGUGGGUGUUGUAAUUUGUUCAGUUUCCUUAGUGGAGAGCGCUAUUUUGGGAAGAUCUUGGUAUGUGAAGUAGGAAAUCUGCACAUCGUGAUUACCUGCUCAAGCUGAAAGGCGGAAUAGGAAGGCUGUGGUGUUGACUGUAGGGAGAUGAGAAGUUAUCUGCGGGGAAAGUUGUGUAUGCCAUAACGCCGCAAAAGUAAAGAGAGCAGUAAGAAUGCCGCCAAAGUUUAGAAGGUAUCUUUCUGAGGAAGAUGUCACAGAGGCUGCUGAACCUGAAAAGGAAAAGCUUUUGCAAGAUGAAGAUGAAGAUUUUUUCCUUAAGGGACCAACAUCAAGUGGGAAAACUCUUACCAUCCAGGAUAAAAAACUACGAAGGGUGCAAUUUCAAGUAGAUGAAGUCUCAAGCAUCAUGAAGGACAAUAUUGAAAAAAUUAUGGAACGAGGGGAAAGGUUGGAAGACCUUGAAGAAAAAUCAGAUUCUCUUGCCACAAAUGCUGAUCAGUUUUGGUCUACGGCAAAGAAAAUGCAGAGUCGUAUGUGGUGGCGCAACAUGAGGGUGAAGGUACUACUGGUUCUAGUCAUCCUGGCAAUUUUACUAAUCAUAUUUGUGCCGAUAAUAGUGCGGAACUCUUGAAGGUGUUUGUGCACACCAUGGUUGAACAUUUUCACUAUAAGCAAUGUUGUAAAUUUGUUGCUUGAAUUCAUAACCUGUAUGUGCCACGGUGACUUUGUACUUCUACAUGUAUUACUUAUUUUUUUACUUGUAGAGCUUUGUAAAUGUUGGCUUUCUAUGACAUACCACAAGUAUAUUUCUGGCAACUAAAUUUCGGCAUCUAUUUCUUGGCGCAUUUUGCAGCAUUGCUGUUCAUUGAAGUAUGCAGCAAGCCAUCUAGUCGUGUCUUAGCAUUUAAGCUUUGAAAUCUCAAAAUUGCUUUUGUGCACAAGUGUGUGUGCUGAAUGUUUAUCAAUUACUUCACCGUAUGUCGAAUGGCAAACAUUGGCCAGCAAAGCAUUACUCAUUUACUGUUUUCAGUGCACAUUUUCUGCUUUCUUAGAAUUUUUAUUGAAAUAUUUGCUUGUUAGAUGAGUUCCGUUCAAAGUGUUGAAUUCAAAUGUAACAAACUGUUCUUUAUAUAAUGCAGCCAGAUAUUUUUCAGGAGAUGCAAGAAAGCUUUGUGGCCUGUUUAUGAGGGAUACUAGCUAAAAAGAUGUCUAGCAUUGUGAUUCUAGUACCGCAGCAAUGUGGGUUUCACGAGGAGUAGUUUGCAAUGCAAGUACAGAAUCCUGAAGCUUCAUUGGAGAGGCUACCUGCUUCAGUAUAGCCUAUACUGUUAUAACCUACUAGGUUAACGUGCAUGAACCAAAUAUUACCAUACGUCAAACAUUUAUUUAUGACUGAAAACUUCCGUAUGAAACAUGAAAGCUUAAAGCAUAACUAAUAAAAAGAUUAGUGUUUAUGAUAUUUCUAGCUCAAGGUUGUCUCAAGACGUUUACUGUGACGUGGGUCACUGGUAGGUCAUGAUGAAAUAUGCUGUGUAGAGGGCUGUGCUAGAAAUCACAGGAGGGGAAAAUUCUUGUUGCUUCCGAUGUAAUGCAUCAUAGCGCCAUCUCUUUGGGGCUUCAGGAAGUUUCAAAGAGGCAUAACCCCCCGGUGACUCGCUGGUGGGUCACAACGCACCAGAGGAGUAUGACAAGUGAGCCACUGGUGGCUCAUCAUGCACAGAAAUCGGGACUUCAAAAAGUGCUGCCACAGUGAACAUGCUAAAUGAUACGCAAGUUGUCUUUUCUGAUCUGCGCACUCGUCCUUGUGUUUUCUCGGCUUGUCCUGGUGUCUCCGCACAAACGUAUUCAGUAUGAAUUUUAGCACAUUGGCUAUUGAAUACGGUGAAGUUGUGGGCCUGAUCCACUUAUAGUGGCAGUUGGAAUAUUCUGGGGCAUCUGGAAUAGUACCAGGUCAAGCAGUUGUGUGCGAUGAUGAUGCUGUCCAUAUAAUGCAAGCACUUUUGUCAGGGUAUUUUUGCAGAUGCCAUUGUAAUGAACAGCCUGUUAAAGUGAACUAAGAAACCUGCACAAUCUACGUUUUGGCAUUUUCACCAAAACAAGAAGAAACAAGGCAAUGAUUGCAUUGUCUUCCGUAUUGUGCCAUGUGCUCCAUUCUGUCGUUCUAAAAUGCUGCUGGGAAGGAACAGCGCUAGCUUGCUUGAAGUGUCCAGUCUUAUUAGUAAUUCUGAGAUUAUCACACGUGAGAGCUGAUGAAUUGCUGGAAAGAGAAACAGAAGAGUUACGACUGGUUUACUUGCUGUAGAAUUGUUGAUAAAGAUGUAGCUUGCAUGUCUUGCGAAAUCUUUAAUGAGCUAUAAUCUGACUUAUGUAUAUGAACCCAAAGGUAAUUGUCUUAUAAUUAAACUUCCGGCUUGGCUGAUCAGUUAUUCUUUAUAGUUUUGAGAUAGUGGGCUUUGACUGUACGAGACAGAGCAGGUGCAUCUGCCUAUAAAGGAAAUGGACUCUAAUAAAUUGGAGGGUAAAGCAUAAUGCUUCAGGAAAUCAAUGGCACGAAAUGUACACAGACGAAAAACACAGGACAGGAUGGGCACCAACUUCCAUCUGAAUUUAUUUAGAACAAGAAUUCACUUAUAUGCACAUGCAAGUCGCGUAAUAUAAUGAACAUGCUACAAAAACAGCACAAAGCAAAUGCGAAGUGAUCAACUGCACAUGCUAAUCAAAAAGCACACGUAGAUAGUUGCCCAGGAAAAGCAGUUCCUCAUCAAGAAGGCAUAAAAACUUCAUGCUGACACAAGCGUCAUCACGUUGCUUGAUGUAACAGGCCUUUAUUUUACCCCCCCUCUCAGUCUACCUUUACCUGUGCCAAUAAACUUGGUUUGAGUAAACUUCACACCCACAUUCCUUGCAAUGCAUGGCCAUUAGGCUGCCAAAACCAUUCUUGACAUAGCCUGUGUUGCCGUGCAUGAUCAUGCGAUCAUUAAAUGACCAGUUUGCCCGAUGUACUCGUUCCCAUAACUAAGGAGGAUGAGGUACACUACUACCCCUGAUGCACACUCCGUAAAGUGAUUAGUAUGUGCGAUUGGUCACUUAGCAUUUGCACAUUGUUAUUGCUUUUGUAACAUGCUCACCAUGAUCACAUAGCUUGGCUGUGCAUAAAAGCAAAUUGUUCAGAAUAAACGCAGUUGGAAGUUGGCAUCUGUGUUGUCAUAUGUGUCCUUUGUGUCUAUAUUGCACCAAUGAUUUCCUGAAGUAUGACACACCAACUAACAAACUAAGAUUUUGCUAAAGCAUCAUGAUUUCUUCCUGAUGCUUCAGUGCACUGUAUUGUUGACCGAAUUAUUUAAAAGUAAGCCUCUGAUCACCUCAGCGCCUCUACUACACUGGACUUUCUAAAUAUCACGGCUGUAAUGCAAACAAAGAAGCAUUUAUUAUUGCUGUUCUUUAGAAAAAAGGUUUCUGUUUGCCUGUGGCCCGUGUUGUACUCUCAGUAACAUGCUCGGUGUGUCGGAGAAAGGGGUGUCCUUCAAACUUGAUGUUAGUAACGAACAAGCUUAGCUGCUGGCAACACCAUCAAAGUGACGUGCCAAUUAUUUGUGACUAGUGCAUUCAUGCCAGCCAAAGUUCUUGUGUGAUGCUAGUAGUUAAAGCCACAAGCUUGUAAAACUACUAACUAGCUUCUGAACUAUAUAAGCAGCCAACAAAUGGCAUGUCAUCACAAACCACUGCACAUUAUUUUUACUCGCAGAAUGAAGUGGAAAUAAAUGCUGGCAUGAAUGUAACGGCCACAAGAAUAAUGCAGUUUGAAUGGUCCAUGUUUGCUGAUGGUCUUCAUGGUGUUACUUAAGGUGCACAGCAGUCUAUACAUAGCAUAAAUGUGCAGUAUACACUAUUUUGCAACGCUUGCGAAUGAACGGAAACCAAAAGCAGUAGACAGGGCCAUUAGCAUGUAGCAUCUGAUGCAGAGUGCUUUGCCCAAGAUUAGUCAUGUGCUUGUAGUUGCAAACGUUUCAAAGCAAGCAGUUUGAUGAAGCAGGCAAGAGGUAGGAUAUGACAUACGAAGUGUGUUCAUCUAGUGUGUGUGCAUUCUGUUUCGACAGCUAGCCCACCAGCACACGAUGGAAUUCCAUGAAUGUGAAGAAUGGUAAUGUGUUUGUCUAAUGUUGAGAAUGCUGCCUUUGAAGCACACAAGGCUGCCUAAUAUAAUUUUGUGUGUCAGAGGCAGUCUACAAAAAACACAAUGUACAUGCUUUUUGGAUGAGAAGAGAGACUUAUAGUUGCUCCCAUGUAUGCUUUUAUCUUCCCGUGCUAAUCUCCUGGCAUCCUUACCUCUUGAUGUGUGCCACUAAGCAGUGUCCGUUGGUUUGGACAGCAUGAGACAUUGCACGGAGAAUAAGUCGCUUGAAGGAAGGAUGCCACCAGACAGCUGCAUUGAUGUAAGAAUGGCACACAGAGGCAGUAAGUUCUUUGAGCCCUGGCUGGUUGGAGGUGGUUGGGAGUGGGUUGCGACUGUCUAGCAGGGACCUCUGCAUGUGUUCCUGUAUAUUGUGUGUUUCAGCGAGCACUUUGAAAAAAUUUUUAAAAUUGCCUGUGGCAGAUAGUACAAAUCUGGUCCAUGAGCUGGUCUACUCAAAGAGGUGGACUUGCACAGUAGAUUGAAAUGCAUAAUCGACUCAUUAACAAAAAUCACUGUCUUUAUCUAAUUACUUUAUGGCACAUAUUGCAAUUUACAAAUUCUAGCUGGGAAGUUUGCAAGGCAGAUCCACUUGGAACGAAUUCUCAGGAUGACACCAGUUUCAAAAUAUUAAUUCCCUAACGUUGCGGGAAAAUGCAUUGGCGUUUCAGUUACUUUUGUGCUUCAAUGCAGAAAAUUGGAAUGCUAGUGCAUUUUUACUGCAAGUUUGAUGGCGCAUUUCUUGUAAAUGGUGUCAUCCACACAAUUUUUUUCAAGUAGAUGUGCCUUGCAGUCUACCCGCUAGAAUUUAUAGCGAGAGAAAAGGGAAAGGCUGGGAAGUUAACCAGAGGGGAAGAUCCGGUUCGCUACCCUAUGCUGGGGAGUGAGGGCGGGGGAGAUAAAGUGACGGGAAAGUAGAAAGAGGAAUAAAGGGAGCACAGUUACAAAAUCGCAGUCAUUGUCACUUCAUACUAUUGCCGCACAGCACAGUAGCACCUAUGGCACUAUAAACAUCAGGCUUCAGCAGCUUGUCCAGAUCUGUUGUUCUUAAAACCUGCAACAGUGCCCUCAUUGCCCUUCGCCCUGAUGGCUUGGGGUGUUGGCAUUCUAAAAUGAUUACCUCUAUAACUGCAAUAUAUGCCAUAAUUAUUUAAAGUUAAUUUGUGAAUUUUUGUUAAUUAGACAAUUAUGUAAUUCAAAUUUUUGUGCAAGUAAUGUCCACCUCUUCGAAUACACCAGCUCAUGGACUAGAAUUGUACUAUCGGCCACAGGCAAUUUUAAAAAAAGUUUGGGAGUAUUUGCUGGAACAUUCUGUAUUGCUGCUACAGGGACACUAACCACUGCUUCAGAAGACUGCCUUCUAGAGACCCACAUUCUGCCAACGUGUUCCAUCUGGAAAAGCAAUGUCUAUUUAUAUAUGCCUUAUUGUACAUGUGGGUUUGUGUUAGGUGUGCAUAAAUCUUGGAGACGUUAUCAGCGGGUAACUACUGUACUCAUAGGCUACUGUAAAAUAGGGUGAAAUUGGAACAGGUUGAAAGAUUGACAGCAAGUAUGCACAGCUAGUUAUGCCAACAAAACUACAACUUUUAAAAGCUGUUUUCAAUAGUCCUUGACGUAAUGGAAAAAGUCUGAUGAAUAUCUAUCGUGCACUGCUCAUAGUGGUACUGCUGUGGUUUGGUUGCCAAGCUGUCUGUGGUGAGGUCGCGUCACCGGCUGUCGAAUGUGGGCUAGUGGUCUGUGGUAGUUUGGGUAUGCAGUCUUGACUUUUGUGUGAUGUCGAAAGGACAGUGCAUUAGCUCAAACUUGUUUUUUGCACACAUUAUCGUAUACGGUGGCGAAAAUUACGUUGGCUUUUAAUUGUUGAAUGACAAUUUUGUGUGACGUUAAUGGCAUCCUGUGUAGAGUGCCCUGUGGUUUCUGAAGUAGUCACCACGUUACCAGUAGCGCUAAUGAUGCCGACUGAACAUUUAUGUACUGUUAUGAGCUUUAAAAACAUUAAAAAUAACUUCUGCAAUCAA